AUGUCCACUGUGGCAGAUCGUAGACGAACAAGGCUAAUAGGCAUUCCAGUGUCUGCGCAGGUUCAACAAGAUGCCGCAUCCCUUCAGCCUUCAGCGCUACCUCCAUCGACUCGUACGUGGGGAGACAACACACCCGGGCAGCAGGUCUUUGCGCUAGAUGCACUGAAGGACGAGGUCGCCCACCUUCUCCUUGCCAAGCCGCACACCACCGAGCUGCUCCUCGUCCCGCACGAGCGGCGCUCUGCGGGCGAGCCAGGCGAGGGCGCAGAUGCGGAGGCGGCUCGGCACUAUGUGAACAAAGCUGUGCUCGGGAUCGUGUUCGACCACGCGGAGGAGGCUACGGAUGCGUGUCCCUGCGACAAGCUCGGGCACUGGCGGUGGCAGCGCAUCACACCCAUGUUCGCGCGGUGCGUCCCGCAAAAGGCAAAGAGGACACCAGUAAGGUCAAAGCACAUGGGCAAGGUCAAGGCAGGCGCAGAUACAGGUGCAGACGUGCCCGUGCCCUUAUGCUCCUGUGCGCGGCGUCGCGUCGCCCGAGGAGCGGGCAGGCCUGACGGUGAGCACGGGAACGGAGGUGCUGGAAAUGGUGGUGCUGUGCGCGCGACAGGGUGA